GGAGCGGAAGUUCUGCCCGCGCCGAUGGAGGCCGAGCCGCCGCCGCGCGCCAGCCGCCUGCUCAGCCCGGCAGAGUUGCUGGCAGCACGAACCCGUGACCGCAAGGUUCCUCAGCGCUCGCAUGGCCAGAAGGACUUCGUUCCCGACGGCUCAGAAGGGCAGGCAGAGCGGCUGCGCCAAUGCCGGGAGGAGCACUGGCAGCUCCUGGCCGAGGAGCGUGUGGAGCGGCUGGGAAGUUUGGUAAAAGCUGAAUGGAAGCCAAAUGAAGGCCUUGUGGAACUGAAAUCCCCGGCAGGGAAGUUCUGGCACACGAUGGGGUUCACAGAGCAUGGCAAACAGUGCCUGCUACCAGAGGAAGCCCUCUAUCUACUGGAGUGUGGCUCUAUUCAGCUCUUUUACAGAGACCUGCCCUUGUCCAUUCAGGAAGCCUAUGAGACCCUGCUGUCCCAGAGUACUGUGAGCCUGCUGCAGUAUCAGGUGUUCAGCCACUUGAAGAGACUAGGUUACAUUGUGCUGCGAUUCCACCCCAGCGUGGUCCCAUCCUGGUAUGAGAGGCAGCUGAACCUUGACAGUCACUGCAAGAGCUCUGGGAAACACCAUCGCAAGAGGAGGAGAAGCUCUAGCCCUCGGGUACUAGACAAGAAGCAAAAGGCAUCAGGAGACCCUCUGGAAGCUGAAGAGACCCUGGAAAAGGCCAGUGAGGGCCAGAGAGAGCCCAUCCACCAAGCCUCCGAUGGGAGCUGUUUGUCAGGGAAGUCCAAAGAGUCAGAUACUGGCAUUGAAACAGGGGAUUCAGCCCAAGUCCCUGCUGAAACCACACAACACAGUGCGUCUCCCAGCCAGUGCCAGGAUAAGGCUGGAGACUCAAGUGAGACUGCUGAGGAGAGCUAUGAUGGUGCCCUCUCAUCCCGCUGGGACUUCUCCAGAAUCAUCUUCCCCAACAUGGCAUCUGACCAUCCAUGCACCUUCCUGCCCCAGCCUGACAAGAGGCUUCUCCCAGACAAUGUGGCAGUCCAGGAAGUGGAUGCCACCCGUUGGCGUUGGCUGAUCAAUCAGAAGCGUGAGAAGCUGUCGCAGAAAGAGCGGGAGCAGCGGGAAAGGGAAAGCCGGUUCAAAAAUAGCAUCAAUGCAGACAAGGAGGUGAGGCGUUGCUCCAACUGGCAGGAGUACAAGUUGCUCCUGAAGCAGAGGAGGCAGCAGAGGUUGAGGAGACGGCCAUCACACCUGUGGGAUCAGGCAGUCACCCCGCUGGUGAAGCCAGAUGAAGUUGCCUCAUCAGCUGCUGUCCUCCAACAGAUCAGUGUGCUACAGCCCUCCCACAUCCUGGAUGGAGCCUCCCGGCUGCAGGAGGACACCAAGGAUAUGAAGAUAGACUUUGAUGUGUACCAGGCAGAUGCUGUUGCCACCUUUAAGAAGAAUGACCCUGGGAAGCCGUAUGCCAGGAUGUGCGUUCGGAGGUUUGACGAGCAGAUCCCAUCCUUGCGAGCGGUGAAGCAGCUGGCCUACCAGAGCCAGGAUGUCCCUGUGGUCUUUGCCUUGGUGGACAAUGGAGAUGUUACUUUUUACUCGUUCAAGGAAUUCAAGCUCCCAGUUGAUAUUUAUCACUGAAGCUGCAGUCUCUUGGAGAAGUGGCUUUUGGCAAAAGGAGGAACUUUACUCAGGACCUGAUCUCUUGAUUCAUGGCAUGUUAUACCAGUGAACAACGUGGGGCAGGGUGUGGCGAGUGGCGACCGCCCUCAGGUGCCGCCGGCAGCAUCGGCGGUGCUUCUGUCGGGGGUGCACCGCUAAUCUCAGCGGGUGC